AUGUCCAAUGCGAUCCGGGCACGCAACAAGAGAUUCACUCUGGCAAUGUUAUAAAAGCUACCGUAUCUGGACAGAUGCUUGAAGGAAUCAUUGCGAUUGUAUCCCAGCGUGUUUUUCAUAUUGCGACUUACCUCGGAAGAAGUAACAUUUCAAAAGAAAUAUGUGGUGCCGGCCGGUACGCCAGUGCAUCUCAAUAUCUACGCUGCCCACAGAGAUUCGAAUUUCUGGCCAGAUCCAGAAGUGUUUGAUCCAGAUAGAUUCUUGCCUGAGAGAAGUCAAAAUCGUCAUCCUUAUUCCUAUCUGCCGUUCAGCGCGGGACCAAGAAAUUGCAUAGAUCAAAAAUACGCUUUGCUGGAGAUGAAGGCUAUGAUUGCCCCGCUGUUGCACAACUUCUACCUGGAACCGAUCGAUUAUUUGAAGGAUGUAGAAGUAGAGUUAAGAGUUGAUUUGGUCCUACGAUCUGCAAAGCCGCUUCGCAUAAGAUUUGUCCUAAUCCAAGAUAAUCAUGGAAAGCGACUUAUCAAUCUCAUUCCGGGACCACGAAUGGUUCCAAUUUUCGGUGAUAUUUUCAAAGGACUACUUUAUCCUCCACAAGAAAUUAUCUGGGACAUUUUCGUGUCACGCUCUAAACGGUAUCCUUCAAUUUAUAAAGGUUGGUACUUCAUCAUCGGCUACGUCGUCAUUCUAAAUCCGCACGACAUCCAGACGAUACUGAAAAGUACGAAACAUAACACGAAAGGUAUCCUGUACAAAGCUCUUCAUCUAUGGUUAGGAGACGGUCUCCUCGUUAGUAAAGUUAAACUGAAAAACUGUCUAACUCAUAAAUUUGCAGAAACUUCCAUGGGUACUUCCUUGCAAAACAUAGACGUGGCAGAACAAGAGCGCUACCGCAACGCAAUCCAUGUUUUAAGUGAAAUAUUAUUUUAUAGAAUUGUACGUCUGUGGUAUCACAGUGAAAUACUAUUCUGGUUCUCGUCAAAAUAUAAAGAACAAGUUAAAUGUUUGAAAAUACUACACAGUUUUACGGAAAAAAUUAUUGCGGAAAGGAAACGAUAUCACGAAUCAACUGGUGGACGAUAUCUAAAUUUUGAAAAUACGGCAGAAGAUAAUGAUAUGAUAGGAAGCCGAAAGAAGCGUCUUGCCAUGUUGGAUAUCAUGAUAGCAGCGUCCAAUAAUAACCAAAUGAGCGAUUCGGACAUCAGAGAAGAAGUUGACAUCUUCGUGUUUGAAGGUCAUGAUACCAUAGCAAUGGAAUUGACUUUCGCUGUAUUACUGUUAGCCGAACAUAAGGACGUGCAGGAAACGAUGAGAUUGUAUCCUAUCGGUUAUUUUAUAGGACGAAAGUUAGAGGAAGAUGUAAUGUUACAAUCAUAUCUAGUACCUGCUGGAACAGAGGUGACUAUUGAUAUUAUACAUCUUCACUAACAUCCUGAUUUCUGGCCAAAUCCGAAGGUGUUCGAUCCAGAUAGAUUUUUGCCAGAAUUGGUGCAAAAUCGUCAUCCUUUCGCUUAUAUACCAUUUAGCGUUGGUUCGCGGAAUUGCAUAGGUCAACGAUUCGUCAUGAUGGAGCUGAAAACCGUAAUUGGUACCUUGGUGCACAACUUUUAUUUGGAACCCAUCGAUCGCUUGAAAGACAUUCGAUUUUUAAUGGAUUUACUUAUUCGGCCUAAACACCCGGUGCGCGUAAAAUUCGUUCCAAUCAAAGAUGCUCAACUGUUAUAA